CAUCAUGGAUUGUUACAGUUCAUCAUGUGCGACUCCAUCGGCUGGGGUAGCUCCAGACCUCUUUGCGUCGGCUGUCCAGUUCAUAGCUGCAUUACAGUGUGGUGUUACAGAAGGCUUAAUACCAGAUUAUGAUGGAUUGGCUACAAGAAGUGCAGAAAACUUUGACUUCAUAAUCGUGGGAGCCGGAACUGCUGGCAGUGUAUUAGCAAACCGAUUGAGUGCGGUACCAGAAUGGAAUGUUUUACUAAUCGAGGCUGGUGAUGAUGCUCCAGUAGAAGCUGAUAUUCCAGGCCUGCAUACGUCGUUUUAUGGCUCAAGGUUCGAUUGGAAUUACUCGACAGUUCCUAACGGUAGAACAAAUGGAGCUAACAUAAAUGGUUCUAUAAACUGGCCACGAGGAAAAAUGAUUGGUGGAAGUAGUAACAUGAACGGUAUGAUUUACAUACAAGGAAAUGACCAAGACUAUCAAAAUUGGGUUGACCUUGGUAAUCCUGAAUGUAGUGUCGAAGAAGUUCGUCGGUGUUUUAAGAAAGCAGAAAGUUUACAAGACAUGAGCAUGUUGAACAAUCCUUAUAUUAGCGAACAUUAUGGACAUGACGGACCAUUAGCCAUAAAUUCAUUUAACUUUACUUAUCCACAUAUUACAAAGAAAAUAUUAUCGGUUUGGAACAAAAUAGGUAUUAAAAAUGUGCCAGAUUUAAAUCUCGCAAAUGCAUUAGGGUCUGGUCUCAUAAGAGCCACAGCCGCCUCUGGAGAAAGACAAAGCUUCAAUAAGGCUUAUUUAAACCCAAUUCUUAGUAGGAAAAACCUAAAAAUUUUGAAAAACAGCUUGGUAACUAGAUUGAUAUUUAAGGAUGAUUCAACUGUCUACGGAGUUGAGGUAGAACGGGAUUCAGAAACAUUUAAAUUUUACGCUACGAAGGAAGUAAUUGUAAGUGCAGGCUCUGUAGGCUCUCCCAAGCUAUUGAUGCUGUCUGGUAUUGGACCAGAAGAACAUCUCCUUUCUAAGGAAAUCCCAGUUAUGGUUAAUUCUCCAAUGGUGGGACAAAACCUGCAGGAUCAUGUUAUGAUUCCCAUCCUGAUAUUCGGUGAUGAAACUGGAGAACAGAGUGUAGCUGAUCAGCAAUUUGAUGUCAUUCGCUAUCUUCACAAUCGCUCAGGAUAUUUGUCACAUACCCCUCUAAUAAAUACUCUAGCAUUUUUCUCUGACAACUCAAAAGCCACUUAUCCCAAGUUUCAAAGUCAUGUUACUUUGCUAUGGAAAAAUAGUACUUUUACUGAUCAAAUUUUAAACACAUGGUUCCGGUACAAAACCCAAGUAACGGAACCACUGAUUGAACUUAACAAAAAACAUGCAACUUACAUGUUCACAUUUCAUAUUUUACAUCCUGAGUCAAGAGGGAGUAUUUAUUUACAAUCGAAUAAUCCACGAGACAAUCCAAUAAUAGACCCGAACUAUUUCAGUGACCCUAGUGACUUAGAAUUAGCAGCAACUGGAAUCAAAAAGCUGACAAAAGUGUUGAAGACUUCGGAAUUUAGAGCAAUAAAUGCCUUUUUGGGAAGAAUGGAAUGGCCGCCAUGCGAUGUUUAUGAAUUAGACAGUAGAGAUUACUGGAAGUGUGUUUGUAUAGAGAUGGUGUUUACCGUAUAUCAUCCGGUAGGAACAUGUCAGAUGGGACCAGACCCUGAGACGUCAGUAGUAGACAGUCGGUUGAGAGUUCAUGGAGUUGAGAACCUUCGUGUUAUAGAUGCUAGUAUAAUGCCAACACUUACCAGUGGUAAUACCAAUGCUCCAACUGGAAUGGUUGGAGAAAGAGGGGCAGAAUUGAUACUAGAAGACUACAAUAAAUUAUGAUUUAUUUCUACUUAUCACCUUAAUAUUUUGUAUUAUUUAUUCUUUAUAUUGUUCAUUCGUAGCCUUAUUAAGUUGAUCCAUGUAAAUCGAAGUUCAACUGGACAGUACAACUGGUAUUGUCUAUCACAAUCGAUUGAUAGUAAUAUUCUAGUCGAACUUAUAAAUAACGGAAUAUGUAGACAUUUAUUGCAUUCCUAUUUCUUUCUUACCUAACGCAUUUUGUUGUUCAUUUAUACUAGUCUAUUUUAAAAUCCUCAGAGACAAUAUGACUCUC